AUGUUGAAGUCGUUAAGGAAAAGCCUAAGCCUUCAAUGGAAUUGUAUCAAGCACAAGAGUGAAGUUGAUAGUACUGUGUCAGUGCAUGGUGAAAACUUGGUUGUUUUACCUGUGCAGUGGGCAAAGUGCAAUGUUUGCUUAGAGGAAAACAAACAACACAAUUGUGACCACAUCAAUGUUGAGGAUAUAAAGAGUACUGCUGCAGAAGGUGCCAAGCAUGAUGCUAACGCCAAUAGUUCUUUUGCUCAUGCUGUCAUCAACAUGGUGGGGAUGCUCAUAGGUUUGGGGCAAUUGUCAACUCCAUAUGCUAUAGAAAAAGGAGGUUGGGCAUCUGCAUUCUUGCUUAUUGGACUUGGGGGGAUGUGUGCUUAUACUUCUCAUAUACUUGGAAAAUGCCUUGAAAGGAAUCCAAAGUUGACAAGUUAUGUGGAUAUUGGGAAUCAUGCAUUUGGAGCAAAAGGAAGAUUCCUAGCUGCAACAUUCAUCUACUUGGAAAUCUUUAUGGCCCUUGUUUCCUACACCAUCUCAUUACACGACAACUUGAUCACAGUCUUUUUAGGGACGCAUGUGAACAUGCACUUGGCUAAAUUUUCUACAUCCCAACUCCUUACCAUGGUGGCAGUGUUGAUUUCCCUGCCUAGUUUGUGGAUCAGAGAUCUUUCUUCCAUUUCUUUCCUUUCAACUGUUGGCAUUCUCAUGUCUCUACUCAUUUUUGUAUCUGUAGCAGCCACUGCAAUUUUUGGAGGUGUCCAAGCUAAUCAUAGCAUACCUCUCCUCCAGCUCCAUAAUAUUCCAUCAGUAUCUGGUCUUUAUGUCUUCGGCUAUGGAGGACAUAUUGUUUUCCCUGAUUUAUAUAAAGCCAUGAAAGACCCCUCAAAGUUUACCAAGGUGUCUAUUGUGAGCUUCACAAUAGUUACAGGACUUUAUACAACAUUGGGUUUCAUGGGUGCAAAAAUGUUUGGGAAUGAUGUCUACUCUCAGAUAACUCUAAGCAUGCCACCAAAGGAAAUUGUAACAAAGAUUGCUCUGUGGGCAACCGUUUUGACUCCUAUGACAAAAUAUGCUCUUGAAUUUGCACCAUUUGCAAUUCAGCUGGAGCAUAAGCUUCCAAGUUCAAUGAGUAGCAGGACAAAAAUGGUAAUUAGGGGCUGCAUAGGUUCAAUUUUUCUUUUGGUCAUACUUGGCCUUGCUCUGUCAGUGCCAUAUUUUGAGCAUGUACUCAGCCUCACUGGUUCCUUGGUUACUGUAUCCAUUGUUUUGAUCUUGCCAUGUGUUUUCUACUUGAAGAUUUGUUGGGGUCAAAUUCCAAAGCCUCUCUUAGUCCUAAACCUGUGUCUCAUAACAUUCGGGUUUGUUCUUGGGGUGAUAGGCACCAUUUCUUCCUCGAAGUUACUACUGAAAAGUUUUCAAUCACGCCACUCAACUUGAGGCACUUGGAAUGAUUCA